GGAUGACCAUUCUCCCCUGCUCGGAUGGAUGAUCGAAUCUCUUAAAGCAGUAAAGUACAUAGACUCCGACCAUUUCAUGGUGCCCGAGGGCAAACGAGCAGUCGAACUUGUGGCCGGAAGAGAAAGUGCACUCGCACAAGUUGUAAAAACCUUGCCCAGAAAAACAUAUGACCUAUUCUUCUCAAUAGGGGAUUCUAAGAACUCGUGUGAAGGGUCUAUGGUGGUUGAGGCAUCGGCUGGCAAGAUUAUUGGUCAAUUUCCUUAUGAAUCCAAGGGCAAUGGAGGGUUCAAACGUAUUAAAUUGAGGUUUGUGGCCGUGUCACCUCGUACGAGGAUUAGGUUUUUGAGCACAUUCUAUCACAUGAAGACAGAUGGUUCCCUAUGUGGUCCGCUGAUUGAUGAUGUAAAAUUGAUUAGUAUCCGUUAUCCACAACGUGUCUAAUUGUAAUUGGGGAAAAAGUCAAAUUUUUAUUACGUUUUUGUUGUUGUUGAUUGCAUUGAUUAUGCGAUCCCAUGGAUCUAGAGAGAGAUUUUGGACUUGUUUAUGUAGAGGAGGAAGUUUUCUUCGUUGUUACGUAAUAAAGAAUAGUAUUUAAGAUGUGUUGUCAUA